AUGAUGACAACAAUCAUCCUUGACUUUCAGAAAUGCUUCAUUUUCGUUUUCUUGUGCUUCUUCUCACUACUCUGUUACACAAUCUUCUUCAGGAAACCUAAGGACUUUCCUUUGCCUCCGAGUCCUCCUUCUCUACCCAUCAUCGGUCAUCUUCACCUUCUUCUCUCUGUUCUAAUCCACAGAUCUUUACAGAAACUCUCCUCCAAGUAUGGUUCUAUUCUCUAUCUCCGCAUCUUCAGUUGCCCCAUAGUCCUUGUCUCCUCAGCAUCAGUUGCUCAUGAGAUCUUCAGGGCACACGACGUUAACUUCUCCUCUCGUGGAUUCCCUCCGACCGAAGCUUCCCUUUUCGCAGGUUCUUUCAGCUUCAUCUCUUCUCCAAAUGGAGAUUACUGGAAGUUCAUGAAGAAGGUUCUUGUCACCAACCUUGUAGGAGCUCAGGCUCUCAAGCGGUCACAAAGAGUCCGUGAUGAUGAGCUAGGUCGUUUUUACGAUAACUUGUUGGAGAAGGCAGAGAAGAAGGAGACCGUGGAGAUUUUUGAGGAAGCGAUGAAGUUCACUACCAACAACAUCUGCAAGUUGAUAAUGGGGAGAUGUUGUCCAGAAGAGGAAGGUGUGGUGGAGAGAUUCAAGGGAUUAGUUACUGAGUUAGAGGUUUUGUCGAAGACGAUUAUGUUGGAAAGCCUAUUGCCCCCUUGGUUACAGGUUCUCUCGCUGUUUAAAAAGGAAGUGAAGGUUCUUUUAAACAGCUUCAAUGAGCUGCUGGAAAAGAUUCUUGAGGAACACGAAGAGAAGGAUGGAGAGCAUCAUCAUGGUAAGGACUUGAUGGACGUGUUGUUGGCAGCUUAUGGAGACGAAAAUGCAGAGUAUAAAAUCACUAGGAAUCAUAUCAAAUCGUUUUGUGUGGAUCUUUUAUUUGCAGGCACUACCACCCCGGCGCUACCAAUACAGUGGAUAUUGGCAGAGAUCAUCAAUUGCCCCAAGACUCUUGAGAGACUGAGAGGGGAACUCGAUUCCGUGGUGGGGACAACAAGGUUGAUCCAAGAAACAGAUUUACCAAAUCUACCUUAUUUGCAAGCAGUGGUCAAGGAAGGGCUAAGACUGCACCCGCCGGAGCCUAUCUUCGAGAGAUUUUCCCAAGAAGGGUGUAGGGUAGGAGGGUUCUAUGUACCAGAGAAAACAACUCUAAUUGUUAAUGCUUAUGCUGUGAUGAGAGAUCCAAAUUACUGGGAAGAUCCUGAUGAGUUUAAGCCAGAAAGGUUUCUAGACACAUGGAAAGAUGAAGAGAUAAAAGAGCAAGCACUUAAGUACAUUUCUUUUGGAAGUGGAAGAAGAAGUUGUCCUGGAGAAAAUCUAUCUCAUAUCUUUAUAGGAACUGCAAUAGGAGUGAUGGUGCAGGGAUUUGAAUGGAGAUUCAAAGAAGAGAAAGUUAACAUGGAAGAGACUAUUGUAGGACUGUCCUUGACUAUGGCUCAUCCUCUUAAGCUCACUCCUAUUGCUCGAACCCCAAACCCUCUAGUUCUGAAUCUAAAGAGUCGGUUUAUGACUUUUCAGAAACACUAA